AAUAAGAAAAAAUGAAACGAGCAGAAUAGGCCAAUAGUGCAUAGGUUGAAAGUGGUUGGUUGGAAAUUGGAAUUGAGAGAGAGAGAGAGCGAGGGAGAGAAUGAGCACAAUAAAAGAAUCUCCGGCGGUGGCAGCUGCCUCAGUCUCUAGUGAUGUACCAACAGAAUACUCCGAAGCAAUCGCUGAAUUUUUGAAGCGUAUGGGAGUCGCUCAAACAAUCAAACCACAGCACAACGUUGACGACUCUUUCUCCUACCUUAUAGGAGGAGGACUUAAGGUCACUUCUAUCCAAAGGGGAAAAAUCUCCUGCUUUCUCCAUGUCAAAGCUCCAAUUUUGAAUGCAUAUGGUGGAAUGCAUGGAGGUGCAGUUGGGGCUGUUGCUGAGAGGGUUGCCAUUGCUUGUGCUAGAACAGUCGUUGGAGACGACAAAGAUCUCUUCCUUGGAGAACUUGGCCUCUCAUAUCUCUCUGCUGCUCCACAUAAUGCUGAAGUAAUCAUUGAUGCGAAUGUAGUGAGGACCGGGAGAAACGUAACAGUGGUUGCAGUUAAUUUCCGCCUAAAGGAAUCAGGGCGGCUGGCAUUCUUGACUCGGGCCACAUUCUACAAUAUGCCCAUGUCGAGUUUGUGAGAUUAUUAUUCCCAUACUCUACUUAAUGGGGCAUUGUUAAUGUAGUAUACAUUCGAUUAGACAUACUAGCAAAGCGGAAGGGGUAUGUGUUUAUAGUACUUUGUUUGAUGGAACACAACCAUGGUUUAUUUUAUGAUCCAUGCUCAAGAAUUUUCAUAUC